AUGCGCGGCGCAUUUUUCGUUGAGCAGGGCGUCGGCUUCGCCUCAUCUAUCUCCACGAACCCAUCAAUUCCAUCUUUAUCAUGGCAAAACUUGAUUCGACUGUGGCAUCAAGUCUAUUCCCAAAUGCUAGCGGAUGGGGUUCCGCCCGAACGCACUCUUGUCGGUGGUCUAGUCCGGCUGGCAGAGGUCUGGAUUCGGUGUGGGGAUUGCCUCUUGGAUGUACGUCGCUGGAAGUACGAAAUAUCUCUGGACGGGCCACAAGCAAGCCCAUGUGCCGCUAAACUAGAGGCAGAUUUCCCAACAACAACUUUACUCAACCCGAAUAUCUCACUCGCACCGCUGCCACUUAUGUCAGUCCACAAGGACAAAACUGCCCCCAAACCAGAAUCCAAACCACGCAGACUCCUAGAGAACUUUUCCGCAAUGAAUAAGGACUCAUCCUUUACAUACGUACACAUGUCAACGGCCUCCAACGCAGACCUCUUUGAAGACUUUUGCAAGGACAAGCUCCCCUCGGAUGAAAUCUUUGUGCCGCCGCAGCACCAGCCGCUGAAUCCGGAGGACGAGGAUGACGUGGUGCCAGAUCAGCAUGCUGCGUUUGGAAUCACGCGUGCGACAAAGGAGGUAAGGGGGGCGGCGUGGAAGGACUUGGGGCUGGGGGAGUUGAUGAAGAGGGGGCCGCCAAAGGGCGUGAGCGGGAAAUGUAUGCCUAGGUAG